AAAGUUUGGUGGACUUGGAAAGUUGGAGUUGGGGGGUACGUGGGGACGAUGGAUGCACUAAAGUCUGCGGGACGGGCGAUCAUCAGGAGCCCCAGUCUAGCCAAGCAAUCGUGGAGCGGCAGCAAACACAAAAAGCUUCUAGAAAACUGGACAGAUACCAGAGAAACAUUGUUGGAAGGAAUGUUAUUUCAUCUCAAGUAUUUGGGCAUGACCUUGGUAGAACAACCAAAAGGGGAAGAAUUAUCAGCAGCUGCGGUGAAGAGGAUUGUAGCAACAGCCAAAGCAAGUGGGAAGAAGCUACAGAAGGUUCUUCUAAAAGUUACUCCCAGAGGAAUAAUUCUUUAUGAUAGUGUCACAAACCAACUCAUUGAGAAUGUGUCAAUUUACAGGAUAUCCUAUUGCACAGCUGAUAAGCUACAUGAUAAAGUUUUUGCCUACAUUGCUCAGAGCCAGCAGAAUGAAACCUUGGAAUGUCACGCAUUUCUCUGUGCCAAACGGAAAAUGGCCCAAGCUGUUACAUUAACGGUAGCUCAAGCUUUUAAGGUGGCUUUUGAAUUUUGGCAAGUAUCCCGGGAUAAUAAAGAGAAGAGAGAAAAGUCUGGCUCUGAUGGUGAAGGAGCAAGCAGCUCUCAGUCAGAAAGUUCAUCCAGUUUCACCAGUGUUAAAGGAGGUGCAUCCAGUAAUCUCUUAGAAAUAGAUGAAACUACCAAAGCUUUAAGCAUUUUAAAUGCCAGAGACGAUCACUUUGAGGGUUUGUUUCAACAAGAUGCUGCCAAUGAAAACAACAACAUAGUAUGGGAACUUGAUGAUGGGCUAGAUGAGGCUUUCUCAAGACUGGCAGAAUCUCGGACUAAUCCUCAGGUCCUUGAUAUUGGACUGACUGCAAAUGAUCUUCAAAGUGAAGACUGCUUGUCUCCUUGCAACUGGGACCGAAUGGAGCUGAAUCAAACAGAUGGAGACGAGCUGUUCAUGUUCUGACGUUCAAAAAAGAGCUGACAGAUUUAAGUGCAAUAGUCCCAACAAAAAUAAAAGAAAUUUAGCACACUUUACUGAAUAUGAAUGCAGUCAAGAGGGACCCCUAAAACCAAAGCUUUAACAUGUACUUUACAUAUUUAUCACACAAUAACAAGGAGAAAAGACCAAAUUUACAAUAACAUGCCACCGCUUCCUCAUUCUGGAGCAACUUCAGAACAUUAAUUUAAAAAGCAAAGCCUUUUUUGUUCGGGAAUGUUCUUAUCGAGUUUUUGUUACAUAACGUUAUCAGUAUUUUUGUAAUUUAGCUGUUUCAUCAUACCAUGCUGGAUUUAUACCAAGGCUUACUCCAGUUUUCUUGUAUUGGGGAAAUAUAUGCAUACUUUUGGUUUCAUUGCA